GGGAGAGUGGUGAGGGAGUAGUUUCUAUUUUUAGACACUAUACAACAGUAGGAAGUAGCGGGCCCUGCGAGACAUGUUCGUGUCUUUACCUUGAGAACACGGCACAGUUGAGGUCUGUGUGCGGUCAAGUUUGUGCCAUCUGUGAAGAACCUCUGUAUGUUCCACAAACAUCAUGGCGUCCACCUGGCCACCAGUCAAAUCAAACACUGGAGUUAACGUGUCCAAGCUCGUGGCAAAACUCCUACAUCAUGACACAGUUCUGCUUGACUUACUUGGAGAACUGAUGGACUGUCACUGCUUGAUAGACAGGAGCAGCAUAGCCAGUGGUAACAUCCUAGUGAUCCACGGAGACCCCAGGAAAGUGGCAGACGUCAUCCACAAAGUUGUCGACGAAACAGAUGUGAAAGCUGAUGAAAAUGACAAAGAGGUUUUAACCGUUUUGGACUCGUUCAAGGAAAGAUUCCGCGCUCAGUUUGAAACCAAUUUUGAGCAAGACAAUUCCACCUUCAAAACAGCUUUUCACAGAAAAAUAAGCGAUGAAGUGAAGCCUAGUAUCUUAUCGCUGACUAAUAAAGAUGGUAGACUACCGUUGUCAAGGCACCAACUGAGCUAUCUUCACUGUCAUUUGGAUCAUCUAAGAGAACAAGUUCGUACAUCUUGGCCUGAAAGUGCUGUCAUCAUCAAUGUGCAGAACGAAGCCAAAGGACAAGGAGGUUUGGUAGUUUCUUCCAAGCGACACGAUUUCCAAGGUGUAAUAAAUUUCCUUCAUCUUUUCAUGGCAAACAUCAAAACAUCUUCAAAAGAGCUGGAUGCUUCACGGGCACUUUUUCUUAGCGGUGUGAAAGGUCAAAGAGAUGUCACGCGAUUGCAAAAGGAACAUCAGUGUCAGAUCUCUGUCAUUUUACCUGGACAUCAGGUGUUGGUGCGAGCUGAGUCUCCUACAGGACAUCGUCUCUUCCUGUGUGAAGGCAACAUGGCCGCCACUGACUGCAACAUUUUAGUUCUACCUUUCAGCGAGAAUCAGAGGGGUUGGACAGCUACACAGAAACGUGUUCUUGACAGAGGUCUGCUGACAACCAAAACUGAGUUGUAUACAAAUUGGAUUGGCUCUCCUCCCAAGAAGCGCACUUUGAUACUUCGGUGUCCGACACCAGAAGCUGGAGAAACAGUGAUGCUAGUUCAUGUUUCUGACCCUACGGGUGGUCCCUCUUCAGGAGCUGAAGCAUUGACUCAAGAACUUGCUCAGGAGUUAUCUAAAGGACUGGCUGAAGCUCGAAGGAUUUCAGAACCACGUGGUGAAUUCAUCGCUGUACCCGUUGCCAUGAGUACUCGGCAAUCACUGAGUGAUAAUCUGGAAUUCAUUCUUCCUGUCAUCCAAGAUUACUUGGCCAAGGAAGUGAUUUCUGCAACUGUUGUUCUUUACCUGGAGAAAUUAUCUGUGUCUGAAAAGCAGAAGCUCGUUGAAACCCUGGAGAAGAGGAUAAAUCAGAACUGGAAAGUUCAGACAGACGGUGCUGCUGUUUAUGAAGAUAAUUUCUCAUCGCCAAACCUCGUUGUUGCUGGGAAGAUGCAAGAUAUAGAAACAACAUUUAGUAAGUUGCAAAGCCUGCAUGUGCCCAGUGACAUCCAGAAACGCGCAUGUUUACUGGAAUCUAUGAACAAACCAAGACAGGUCAGGAGAUCACCCACGCAGGAAAGCGAAGCUGAUGCUGAGGACAACAAAGACAUUGACAAAGAGGAUGAUGUGAGAACAGUGUGUGUGGAUGCUCUCACUGCUGAUGAUGGCGAGUUGUGUCAGAUGUACUUCCAGAACAACGAGCAAAGUGGUGGCGGACAGUUGGCUCAGAAAACCGUUGUAUGGGACGAUGAUACCCAGUGUUGGAUGAUCACUUUUGAGCAAAGGGCUGUGGCAGCACGGGUGGCAAGUCGUCAACACACAAUCAACGGUCAGCCAGUGGACGUGAAGCUUGUGUAUACACCUCAGGUAUCAUACCCGGAUAGACUGCUGUUCCACAACGUUUCUGAGAGCAUAUCACGUGACUAUCUGACCUUGUACCUGGAGCGCAUAACUGGACAGGAAGUAACGGACUUGAUGUAUGCUGAUAAGGCUGGGGAUGUCCUUGUGGUACUGGACGAGGAGCCAGACUUUACCCAGGUGCAAGAAAUGUGCCGACAAAAGAAGCUGGAGGGACAAGAGCUAUGGGUAUCGAGGGUACCCGUAUCAAACUGCAUUCUUCUUGAAAACCUGAGCGAGGCAACGAGCGAGGACACUGUGAUGUAUUACUUUAGUAACAAGCGGAGUGGAGGAGGUCCAGUGGAAAAAGUCGUCUUUCAAUCUGAGCAAAGAAAAUGUCUCGUUUUCUUUUAUAACCACGAAGUGAUCGAAAACAUCCUAGGAAAAACCCAUGCACUGGAUGGAAGCCAGCUCCAAGUCAGGCUGUACAUUGAAUGUCUUGGACCAUCAGGGGGUAGACGAGAUGCCAGUCCUUUUACUCUGCCCAGUCGUGUAGAAUUUAAAGAUGUGGAUAAAUACAAGAUGGUCUUUAUUCGGCAGUCGGCUGCAUUACAGCAAAGACUAGUCGAGCUACUGACGGCUUUACACGCAAAGUUGAUCUCAGCAGACAACCUUUUGUCUGUGGAAUGUACCCUGACAACAGCAGUUCCCCAUGCAAGUCAGCUGGCUGCUUCUUGGACCAAAGAUGUUCAAGACGCCGUGAAAUCAGUUAUCAGCAUGGUCGUCGUUCUUCAUCAAGAGGUGAUGCAGGAUGUGUGGACUGAGACCGAGAAAGCUGUGGCUGCCAUCAAGCCCACGAGCCAGGACUCAGCACUCAUACUCGUUUUAGCUGAAAAUAGGAAGUUCAUAGUGGUGGGCGUGAAGAACUUGGCUGACGAUCUGAUGAAGCAAGUGAAACAAAUCGUCACCCAGAAGGAGGAAGAAGCUGAGCGUAAAAAGCAGGAAGUCACAGAAACUAGGAAGCUCAAGCCAUUCCAGCUUCAUCUUCUGACAGAUAUGUCAUUUCAGAGCGAGGUGGCCAAGCGACACCCAGCACUUAAGGUCGAAAUUUGCAUAGAGAAAGGGGAGAUAAGUUACCAGGGUUUGAUCAGAGAUGUGAAAGAAGCUCAGGUUGAGAUGUACGAACUGCUGAUGACUGUCAGGUCAAAAAAACUCACCAUGUCCAACCUGCAGAAAACUAUUUUGAGUGCAAAGGAAGGGCGAGACUACGUUGUCCACAAAUUUCAUGUUGACAAACUUGUGGCUGUCUGGGAUGUAGACAGACAGGGAGAGGUAACUGUCUACAGCUGCUCUGACUCUGACCUUGCAAAAGCUAUUCAAAUAAUGCAGAAGUCUGUUGUGCAGCAUCAGAAAAUCCUUGAACCCGAGACAACUGAGCUGCUAAUGUCAUCACAGUGGACCGAGUUUGUUUCUAAACUAGCUGGGGACCAUUCUGGUGUCUUGAAAAUUUCUCAUGUUAAAAAUGACCACCAACUGCUUCUAGCAGGCAUAGACAGCAUAAUGAGUGGAGUGAUAGACAAGACUGAGAAAUUUCUGAAAGAGAACACCAUCUACACGCUUAGCUGCCAUUUUUUUCCGAGUCGUCAGUUUUUUGUGGCCAAUUAUUGGUGGGCCAGGGUCAUCAGUAUCAGCAAUAAUUUGAAAGCUUACAAGAUCGAAGUAACUCUAGUUGAGUCUGGGCAUCAGUUUCAUAUCCGUGGAACACAAGCAGGGUUAGAAACAAUGACAAAGAACCUCGAGCAGCUGGGUUCAGAGGUCAAGUGCCACAUACAGACACUGGUUGACCAGUACCAGGUUAAAUUCCUGUUGUCCCCCAACUGUAAAAGAGACCUGGAAAAACUUGGCCGCAGCACCAGGUGUGUCUUUUCCUUGAAGGAGGAGCCUGUAGACCUGGUGGUGCAGUCAGACAGUUCUCAGAGACUCACUAAUGAAGUGACUUCAAAACCUUCAGUGAACCAAGCAACUCCAAAGCGGUCUUCAAACCAAGCUGCGGGUGUCUCUUUUGGUCAAAGUCGAGUAGAGCUCUCCAGCUCUUCUUUAGCAGAGGUUUCAAAACUCUUCGUGUAUGGGGAAUCUGAUGAAAGCAUAAGAAAUGCCUUCAAACAUUUUGAUGAUCUUGUGAAGGGAAACUCGACAAGCAAAAAGAUCGUCGAUGACGUGAUACAAGAUAUGACUGAAGAUGAGUUGCGAGGAAUCAGGGCUAUGGGGCAGUCGUGGAAUGUGAAGGUGAAGGUUGAGCCUUUAGUGGGACAGGUCAUCGUUGAUGGAAUGCAUGCCGAUGUGUUUGGUGCAAGCAAUGAAAUCAUCAAGAUCAUUCGCGAGACUGCUCAUUACAGACAGCAGGCCAACAAGGUUCAAUGGUGUUUUCUGGAGGUGACACAAACUGGAACUGAGCAGAAAGAAUACGGAAUGUUUGAGAAUCACAUAAUGGAAUUUGCAUACCAGCAAAAUAAAAAGACAGCAACACUUGUGGAUGCUUGUGGAGUAAAGUAUAUCGUCGACUUUGAUUCUAUGAAGGAGUAUGUAGCAUCUGAUCCAGACGACGCAGUUGAUGUGAUUAGAAAAGAAAAAAUUAAAGAAUCUUCCCCAGCUGUCUUGCCAGAGAACUGGAAGAUACGGCCAGACAAAGAUGUUCUUAACCUAGUGAAGCUCGAUCCUCAAAGUCCCGAGCACCAGCAAGUGGAGAAAAACUUUAGGUCCUCACAACUUUUAAAGGAAGCCAUCAUUUCGAUUGAACGGAUUGAGAACCCCACAAUGUAUCGACGGUAUAUGGCCAAGAAAGCUCAGCUGGAUAAACAGAAUUCUGGAAUUUGCAAUGAAAAAGGGCUGUGGCACUGCGCAUCACGUGAUGCUCUUUUAAAAAUCAACCGCCAUGGCUUCCACCGCAGCUACUGUAGCAAAAAUGACACGGCAUGCAGUCAAGGUGUUUGCUUUGGAGUGAACUCCACCUAUUGUGCAAAUCCUUUUGAUUUUCCUCCUGACCCCAUCACAGGUCAUCGCUACAUCUACCAGUGCAGAGUUCUCGUGGGUUACUCAGUAAUGGGAAAACACGACAUGAGGUUUCUGCCAGCAAGACUACAACAUAUCCACUAUGACUCAUCAACUAACAAGCAUUCAAUUCCUCUUUACUAUGUAAUUUUUAAUGACACCCAAGCCUACCCUGAAUAUCUAAUUACUUUCAAAUAAAUAUAUGACAAGAUCUGCAGUGCUUCUUCCUAGUGAUGAUUUCACACCGGGGGAAGGGAUGAAAACUUAAAGACUCCGUCCGUCGGCCAAAUAUUAGCGUUUUAUGUACAAAAAUUCUUUCUCACACCUAAAAAUGUGUUGUCAAUGCUUUUAUUAUUGGUGAAUGAGUGCAAGAGUAUGUUGAGGGUUUGAAGGCUCUUUUGUAUGAUAUUCUGUGUUUGCCAUGUUCCUUUGUAGGAAAAAAAAUCCAGUUUCACUGUUCAAAAAUACAGCCCUGGAGCAUACAAGCAAAUUUAUGGAGCAUAUCACUAGUGAGAUCAUUCGUCUAACAUUGCGAGAUGUCAUCACUGUUUCUAUAUUAACCGUUUUAUCUCAAGGACAAAAUACACAAUCGACAAAAAUCCUUAAAGCAAGAUUAUGCUCACCACAAAAUUAAAUAUUCCAGUUUUGUCUUGUAGAAUUGUGAAUGUCUUGCUCACAAUAUGCAUUACAGUUUUUAAAAAUAAAUGAACAAUUU